CAUUCCCGCCUUUACACUCAUUUCUUCCCAGUCUUGAGGACUCCCUUCUUUUCAGCUAUUCCGAGCAGCUAGUCUGUCCUUCACGCCCCGCAUCCUUGCUUGUCUAGCCCCCGUAUCCUCGCCUUCGUCUGUUACCGCAAUGGCUCGGCUUUCGUUCAUCGCCCUUAUCGCCUGUGUCGUGGCUUUCGUCGGUGUCCAGGCGGCGCCUGUGCCGAGCGAUGUUGGCAUUUACAUCAGACACGGCAAAGGCAAGAGUGCCAAGAGUGCCUCGGCCAGUGCUACGGCCAGCUCUGCAGCGUCCACUGCCAGUGCUGCAUCCAGCGCUGCAGCGUCCAAUUCCACCGCCAGCACCUCGGGUGGCUCUGCUUUCGUUGCAGGCUCGUUCCAGGCACAGGACUACGCCGCCUUCCAGAUCUCCAGCGGUACCGGCGGUGACGCCGAGGCUGAGGCUAACGCUGUCUUCGUUGACCCCUUCGCUAACGUUGACCUUUCUACCGUUGAUGAUGCCACCGUCGAGACCAUGACCACCAUGCGUGAGGCAGCGGAGAGUGCGGAGACGGAUGAUUUCAACCCGCAGAUCGCUGCUGCCUCAGGUGACGCAGCCGAUGCCCUUCAGGUCGGCAAGAUCAAGAACAAGGUGCUCAAGCUCACCGGCGAGGUUCAGGUGUUGAACAUCAAGAUCGCAAAGGCCCAAGCCACUGGCGAUGAUACGUCGGACCUAGAGAGCAGUCUUGCGGCCGAGCAGAAGAAGCUUUCGACCAACAUUGCCACCGACCAGGACAGCGCUGGAAAGACGUCGCAGGGCGUUGCGUAAAUGUCCGAAGUCGUUUGGCGAUUUCUUCCUCUGUUUUACACUUUGGUUUGUGUUUGACAUCCGCUCGGAAUACAUUUGGAUUUGGGAUGGGA